AUGAUUCCUAUCCCCAUGUUAAUGAUAGUUGGGCGGCAGCAGCGUUACUCGUGGAAGAGAAUGCAGCUCUGCCUCCCACCGGAGCAGCUGGACUUGUGUUCUCUCUGUAUGCGGCCUGUCUACGGCCGUGAAGCUACUCAGGAAUUCCACAAGACACUCCGAGGUGCGCCGACCUGCUGGCUCAUUCUAAGACGCUACUUCUGCGUAACGGCAGGUUGGGUAACGGCAACAGUCGCUACUGAAAGGCGCAGGCUUGCGAAGGCAGCGACGACAAUUCUCGCUUCUGACUUCUGCAUAACAAGCUCUUCAAGCCUAGGAAGCAAGGAAUCGAUCCGAUUGAGCGGCAGACCACGGACCGAGCCUAGUCUCUCCGGGAGGACGAGCAUCAGGCACAGUAGCGCUAUGAUAGGCUCUGCAGGUAUAGUGCUAGUGGAGUGCUGGUGCACAGCUGCUGGCACCUCCACCCAUCUCUUCUUCUUCUUCCUCUUCCUCUUCCUUAUCAUCAUUAUGCUCACAUCAAUUCGCAUUUCUGCUCUUUACUACACUCACUAUGCGAACCACACCGCAUCUGAGCUUCGCGCUCUCCAGAUCGCAUCUGGAAACACGAACCUGAACUCCAUCCACAUCGUUAGCUCUUCUGCUCUCGGGCAACCAGCCAUGGCCGACGGUCGAGACGACGACCUUUCCGACAACAUCGUCGUCAAGCAUGUUCGCCGCAGAACCCCGCCACAACCAGCGCGUCGCAAACAGAACCACCAAACCAGCAAUGGCAUUGCUGAACGCCUAGCUCAACUACCGAGCUACUCGCCGUCGCAUGGAAGAGCCAGUCAAGGCGGUUCUCAAGAUGCGCGCAAACAGCGCAGGCACGGCUUGAGGCGGCGCAACCUGCAGACAGCAGAAGAUCAUGGGCCUGCACAUGUGCUUAGAGCAUCUGGCGGUGAAGAGGAGGGUGACAAUAUUCAUGUCCACCAGGCUACGGUAGCUGAUCAGGAUCCCAUUCCAACUGCGCCGGAUAGCGGAAGCGGGCACAACAAGCAAGAGAAGAUGAAUUGUGACGGCAGCCAGGACACACAACCAGGUGCUGAGCAGGAUGAGCCUGAGUGCGCUUACUGUCUCGAGCCGCUUUCCUCGGCUGAAUGCCUCAUCUUGCGUGCGUGCAAUCAUCAGCUGCAUCGGGCGUGCUUCGAUCUUUUCCCAGGAAACACCGCGACAUGCUGUGUAUGGUACGCAUUAUUCAUACUGCCGCGCCCAAAGUUGUGUUUCUGGACUGACCAAAAAUUUCGUGUUCAGCAACCAGACGAUGCGUGGGAAAUUGGCUCGUCCUGCCGACAGUCGCAACGCUCUCGGAAAUUUUUGGCUUCGCCGACCGAAGAGACUCGCACCAAGCAAUUGAGGCUCUGCCUACCUACUGCCGCAUUGCUAUGCCAGAAAUACGGACGCCAAGCUCUUGUUGAUACGAAAAGCGGACGCACCAUUCCGAAGAGACUAUGUAGACUUGGCUCACGAUUCUCACAUGAUGCGACAAACUUUUAUCCCUUAAUCAUUCUAAUGCCAACAUUGCAUUCAUUCAAUCCGAAGAGUCUUCAUUGUCGCCUAAUGUCUGCACGAUAG